GCACAGAUAGCAACUAAUCAGAGGGUAAUAUGUCCGUGGGGGCGGGUUUGUAUACCUGUCAGUCAAUUUUACAAGGAUAGAAGAUCGCCUAAGAGAAAAGCAGAGAGACUGCUGAGGCAUAUCAACGAAUCUGUUGAACGACGUGGUUGUAUUUAUUUGGGUGACAUUUCAGCGUUAUUGCUCGAGUCUGAUGUUUUCAGAAGGAUUAAUGCUAAAGCGCUAUAUCACACCGAACAGACGUGUUUAAGUGCAUUCAUCAGCUGAAGAAAUAGCACCGCAGUUGUGGACAGAAAUGAAGACUCUAGAGGAGCCUGCAUACCUGACUGUCGGCACAGACGUGAGUGCCAAGUACCGUGGGGCAUUUUGUGAGGCUAAGAUCAAGACUGCCAAGAAACUUGUCAAGGCCAAGGUGACCUUUAAGCCAGACUCAUCCACUGCUGAGGUUCAUGAUGAACACAUCAGAGGAAACCUGAAGGUGGGUGCUGUGGUUGAAGUCAAAAAUCAAGAUGGAAUCUAUCAGGAAGCUACCAUCACCAAGCUCACAGAUGCUAGUUUGUACACAGUUGUUUUUGAUGAUGGGGAUGAGAAAACCUUGAGGCGUUCGUCCCUGUGCCUUAAAGGAGCCCGUCACUUUGCUGAGAGUGAGACACUUGACAGGCUUCCCUUGACCAAUCCUGAGCACUUUGGCACUCCUGUCAUUGGGACAAAAGGCAACCGGGGGCGUCGCUCUAAUGCCAUACAAGAAGAAGAAUCCUCAUCCUCAUCCAGUGAAGAAGAAGAUGGUGACCCACAACAAAGUGAGGAACUUUAUGGAAAGGUAGUGGUUGUGGAAGGUGUUUCCACAGAGGAUAAAAUGAAGACAUUCUGGUUCCCUGCCCUAGUCAUUUCUCCAGAUUGUCAUGAAGAUGUCAUGAUGAAAAAAGACAGCGUGUUUGUCCGUUCCUUCAAGGAUGGGAAGUUUUAUAUGAUUUUACGGAAAGACAUUAAGGAACUUGAUAGUGAAAUGGAUCCAAAAGCAGAAGCCAGCCUUAAGCCAGUGAUGAGUGCAGCUUGGAAUUUCCAGUGCAGUGGUACUGUGCCUAGUUCAUGGAGAACUGAGGUUAAGUAUGAAAGUUCCAGCAGUGAAGAAAAUGAGGAGGAGGAAGAGGAAGUACAGGAGGAAGGUGGCACCAGUGAAGAGGAAGAGGAGGAGGUGGAGCCCUUCCCAGAGGAGAGGGACAAUUUUCUCCAACAGCUUUACAAAUUCAUGGAGGAUAGAGGCACACCCAUCAACAAAAGACCAGUGCUCGGCUACAGAAACCUGAACCUCUUUAAACUCUACAGGCUGGUGCACAAACUUGGAGGAUUUAACUCUAUUGAAAGUGGAUCUGUUUGGAAACAAGUCUAUCAAGAUCUGGGAAUCCCUGUGUUGAACUCUGCUGCAGGUUACAAUGUCAAAUGUGCCUACAGAAAGUAUCUUUAUGGUUUUGAGGACUACUGCACCUCAACGGGGAUCACAUUCCACUUUGACCUCCCAUUUAAAGCAACAGAAAGUUCUCACACAGAUAGUAGUAUUGAAGGACCAGCGGAGAGAACAAACCAUGUUCACCCAAGACCUGAUCCAGAGAUUUCACUAAGCAUGAAAAAAAUUGUCAAGGAGGGAAAAUCAGAAGAAGCAGAACUUUUUAGAAACAAAGUGAAUAGUCGAAGCCCAAAGGAUGAAGACAUGAUGUAUAGUGAUGAAGACAGUAGUACAGAUAAAGAGCUCAAACUCAAAGUUGAAGAGUCUUCACCAGCAGAAGACUCAUGCACAGAGAAUGUAAAGGUGGAACCAUGUAAGGACCAGAACAGAGAUCUGUUACGGGAUGACAGCAGUCAGGAGUGGGAGGAAGGGGAGGAGUUUGAGUGUUACCCCCCUGGGAUGAAGGUGCAGGUGAGGUAUGGGCGAGGUCGCAAUCAGAAGACAUACGAAGCCACUGUGAAAGAGUCAGACCUGGAGGGGGGAGAGGUGCUCUACCUGGUACACUACUGUGGCUGGAAUGUCAGGUAUGAUGAGUGGAUUAAAGCUGACAAGAUUAUUCGACCAGCUAAUAAGAAUGUUCCCAAAAUAAAGCAUAGGAAAAAAAUUAAGAACAAAAUUGAACAAGAAAGAGACCGAAUAGGGAGUUUAAAUGACAGAGAGGACUAUUCUCCUAUAGACAUUCAAAACAAUCAAUCCUCAAGCCUUGGCUCUGGCAAUGGAGUUUUUCCGAAAAUGGAAGAAUUUAAAGAUGCAAGUGGCCAGAAGAGUCCUGUUAAAUCCUCCAAUGUCAGUGAGCUCCAAGCACCUGUAUGUUCCACAGAUUAUUGCAAUCAUGAGCAGGAUGAGGAAGGUGACCAUAUUAAUGGCCCUCCAGCAGGCAAGCUAAGUCCCCUGAGAAGAGCUUUUCCAGAAAUCCUUCAAACUGCUUUACAAUGGGAAAGUGAACCACCCAAUGAGGGAGACAAAGCUUCUGUGAAAACAAGCACCCUGAUGCCCAGUACAGCCCAGAAGAAUAAACAACUAGUAACAGAAGGGGAGGCCUCAAACACCAGAAGAAGAAAAACUGAAGGAACCACUGAUACACGUAUACAUAAAAUCCAGCGAAAACUCAAAACCAGGGGCAGCAAGUUAAGUGAUUGGUUGUCAGAGAGUUCAUUAAAAAAGCUGGAACAGAGAAAUACUAAGCCUCAGGAUGAAUCCAUGCAGUCCAGUAGCAGUUCUGAGGAGGAGAGUGACUCUCUUAUGGAAUCGCAGGCCAAAGAAGAGCUGCUAAUGCACCACAAAGGCAAGAGUGUACCCUCUACAAAGUACAUGAGCCUGAAUGAUAAGUCCAAGGGUGGCCGGUCUUCAACAUUCUGGGAAAUCCCUGACAAACAAGCUAAGAUUACGUCUGGAAUGGAUGAUAGGACACCUGGUUGUCGUUCCAAAGGCCAAAAGGAUGUAUGGUCCAGUAUUCAGGCUCAGUGGCCUAAGAAAACCCUGAAAGAGCUAUUUUCUGAUUCAGACACUGAAGCUGCAAAUUCCCCUCCUCAAGUCACACCUUGCCUGAGUGAGCUGGAGCCCAAGCAGAAAAAUGAAACACAUGAGGAACUGCAGGAGGGCCAAGAGAAGAACCAAGAGUAUCCCAGCAGUGGAAGCAACUCUAUCCUCAACACACCACCCACAACCCCAGAGUCUGCUGAGGUCUUAUGUCAGAGGCACUUAUCCUCACCACCCCCUCAGAGUUCUGUCUUGGUAUCCUGCUCUCCAGCCACAUCCUCAUCAGCUGGACUUUUGAUAGAAGAGUGUGUUGAUGGGCGCAAUGAUUGUGACACUAGUAUGGUGGAGAUGGAUAUUGUGAGCUGUGAAUUUCACAUGCUGCCUCAGGAAGACCAGUCAGGGUCCCCCUCCAAAAUUUUUGAGGCAAACCUGUCCAGUAACAGCAGCUGCAGUCUGAGUUUGAGCAGCAGCAGUCAACAGGAGAUUGAGCAGAAAUCUAAAGAGUCAUCAUGCAAUCAGAAACGGCAUAGAGACUCCCAGGAAGGUGGAGCAUUAAAGAAACACAAACCAAGUCACAAGACUUUGACCUUGAAUACCAAAAAGAACCAUAAAUCAGCCAACAGUAGUGACAGUGAGGACCAGUGUCUCAGUGAGAUGGCUGCUAAAGCACUUAUAUCAAAGUGCAGUACCCAAGACACAAAGGCAAUAAUUCCUCCUAAGGGCUCGGCUCGGACAUCCCUAUCCCAUAAAUACCACAAACAUACGGAUUCUGAGCAUCUAUAUCCAAAAGAGCAGCAGAGCAGCCGGGGUUCCCGCACAUACAAAUGGAGUUUUCAAAUGUCUGAUUUGGAAAAGAUGACUAGCCUAGAGAAGAUUGCAUUUCUUCAGGAGAAAUUACAGGACAUCAGGAAUCACUAUCUCUUGCUCAAAUCUGAAGUGGCCUCCAUUGACAGAAGACGAAAACGUAUUAAGAAAAAGGAGCAGGAAAGUGCAGCAGUGUUGUACUCCUCUUCUUCCUCGCCAUCAUCAAGCUCACUGACAGCAGCUGUUAUGUUGACGCUUGCUGAGCCCACAGUCUCAGGCUCGUCACAAAACUCUGGGGUCUCACUGGAGUGCAGGUGAUUGGAAAGCUUCUCUGACAGCACAAGGCACUUAACCAGCACCCAGCAAAGCAUCUGGCAGAACUAACUCAGAAAUAGUGUCAUUUGACAUAAAGAUACAAAAGGAACACAAAAACUAAGAGGAUUCAAUAAGGAGCCAGACAAGAAGAAGCACUAUUUUUACUGACAAAUGUUUCCUCUGCAAGCUAAAUGCCCUUAAGUGUACUUUUUUCUGCUAGUAGGGUAUUGGACUGCAUAUAAGGAUCUUUUUACAUGUUUUAAGUUUUGAGCAAUAAAAAUGCCUGUCUGUAUCCUUUCUGUGAAGUGGCAACAAUACUGCUAUUAUAAACUGGCAUAACAGUGACUUAGUUCUUUGUGUCUCCUAUUUUUGUCUUAAGACAAAAGGUUUUUACAGCCCUACAUUCAUAGAUUAAAUCAGUUGUGGUGCUCUGUAAAAAAGUAAUCAACCAUUAUUUUUCCUUAACAAAUGUUCAUAUUCAGUUAGUUGAUUUGGUCUACCAUUCCCUGACCAGGAAAUUGUUUACUGUGAUGUAGAUCCUUAUUUAUAAUGUAAAAUUCUGAAGUCACCUCCAGUAUUUCCCCCUAGUUCUAUAUCUUGCAGUUUUAUACCGGGCACUUGUAUGGAAUCAUAUGUUUUUGUAAUACAUUUGUAUAUUGAGAGAUAUGUUUUAAGGUGACCUAUUUAAUAUAUUGCACUGGUAAUAAUAUAUGACCUUUUUUGUACAAUUUAUACUUUCAAUAUUGUCUGUGUAUAAUUUGUUGCUUUUUUUGUUAAAUGUCUUCUUUGUGGCAGUUUUUAGUUUUUACAUUUAGUUUUCAUAUUGUACAUGCUUUUUCUUUCCUUUUUGUUUUUAAUCAUAUUUUAGAAAAAAUUGUGCAUUGCUUUUUGUGAUUUAGAAGUUUAUUUUAAUCAGUACAUGGACUGUAAAGUUUAAAUACCAUGUAAGAAAGAUUGUGAAGGUGACUAAUUCAAUUGUAUUUAUCAGGUACAUCAGAGGACUGAAAAUGUGUAAUAUAUUGUACAAAUGUAAGUACCAAAACAUCAGUUUUAAAUAAAACCGAUAGUUUGUGAGUUACUAUUUUAAUUUUGUUAUAUAAUAAAACUGUAAAAAAUGCAUAUUUUACACUGCCAUUAAUAGGAUUGGGUUCCAUUACUACUCAAGUGUAACUGAGUGUAAUUUAGAUCCACCAUUACCCUGAAUAUUUAAAACUGGGAAUGACACACAAAGAUGACAAAUAAGAAACAAAUAAAUAUACAGUUCAAGA